CGUGCUAAUGAAAAUAAUUUAAGAUUCAACGGUGACAAAUGUGAAUUUGAUAAACCAAGCAUCACGUUUUAUGGUCAUGUUUUCUCGAAGCAGGGUAUAUCCCCAUGUCCUAAAAAGAUCGAAGCGAUCAAGUCUCUCAAACCUCCAGCGAAUGUUUCUGAACUUCGUAGCUAUUUAGGCAUGAUAACAUAUUGCGGCAGAUUUAUCCAAGAUCUUGCAACACUGACUGCCCCAUUACGUAAACUUACAAAGAAGGACAUAAAAUACGAAUGGAAAGAAUCACAACAACAUGCGUUUGAUACAUUACAAGAAAGAUUGAACGAGAAAACCACUUUAUCAUACUUUGAUCCUUCAAAAGACACCAAGCUCAUUGUAGAUGCCUCUCCCACUGGUCUAGCGGCAAUAUUAAUACAAAAUACCCCCAGCCAAAAUGACGAAACUGUCGUUGCAUAUGGCAGUCGUGCUCUUACAGAAGUAGAACAAAGAUAUAGUCAGACAGAACGCGAGGCAUUGGCAAUUGUUUUUGGCUGCGAACAUUUUCGUUUAUUUCUCUAUGGAAUUCAUUUCACAAUCUAUACAGACCACAAACCAUUAGUAUCAAUUUUUCAGAAUCCAAAUUCACAUUGCCCUGCACGACUAGAACGCUGGCGUUUACGCCUACAGUCGUACAAUUUCCAAAUUCACUAUUGCCCUGGCCACGAUAACCCAUCCGAUUACAUCUCAAGACACCCAAUGAAUACGACCUCAAUGACAUCACAAGACAGUGAAAACUCUGAAUAUUAUAUUCAGUUCAUUGCGGAAUCAACAACCCCAAAAGCAAUGACUCUUCAACAAAUCAGAGAAGCAACACAAAAUGACCCAACUUUGCAACAUGCUGCACACAUAAUACAGAAAAACUUAUGGCAUACGUUAGACACCACAACUUUUUCCAAAGACACAGACAUUGAUAUUCGUGAACUAAAGUUACUCCGUAAUGUCAAAGAUGAAUUAACUGUAUCUAAUGAUAAGAACAUCAUUUUACGAGACACACGCAUUGUUAUUCCAAAAAGUUUGCGAGCAGAUGCCAUACAUUUAGCCCAUGUUGGCCACCAAGGCAUAGUUAAAACGAAGAGCCUAAUGCGAGAAAAAGUUUGGUUCCCCUUAAUUGAUUCACUUGUCAAAUCUGCAAUCGACAGCUGUAUACCAUGCCAAGCCACUGGACGUCCAAAACCACCACAACCUCUGUUAAUGCGCGAAAUACCCAAGGAGAACUUUGACACUGUAUACAUUGAUUUUUGGGUCCGUUACCAAGUGGAGAAACACUCUUUGUCCUAA